UUCAAAAGAGGUGCGGUAUAGUUCAUGGAAUGGAGAGUCUGAAUUGGGUACCAGACCAAGUCCCUGCUGGGUGGCGCGAAACAGAUGAGUGGCAGACAAUAGAAUCGUCAAUGUCGUAGGGCAUAGUAUGUGACUAUUGUCGAAAACCUUCAAGACCCAACCAAAAUAAUAGGCAAUGUCGAAGUAGUAAUAGGGAUAGGAUUUCAAUAAAUUUCACGUUUCAAUACAUGUAUUCAGUAGUAUUAGAUGUAAACGCUGAUAAAACUUUUUCUACAGGUUUAUUUCGGAUCUCUGUUUAGAGAUUGCUCUUUUAUUGAAUGUUUUCAAUACUAUCUGCUGUAGAUGCGGUAAUUGCAAUAACUUGCAUUAUUAUUAAGCCCAGUUUCGUCAGUUGCUAGCCAGACAUUACUCGCGUCAGACGUAAUUCUUUGUCUUUCUUGCUUUCCUUCGCGUUUGGUGAAAAAUGUCGAGUGCGCGAAAAAACACUCUAGUUAUUGAUUUUAGUGUUCUGCCGAUUCGCCCUGAAAUUGCUAAAGUGCGAGAUUUUUUGGAGAAUGAAAUUAAUCUUCAAUAUUCGGACAUUCGGAGCAUACAGUUGCACCAUACCCGCAACUGCGUGUUCAUUGAGAUGAUUUCUCAUGAAAUUGCUGUUCGCUAUCAAAAAGAGCAUAACUGGAGGAAAGUUAUGCUUUGUGGAGACGUAAAGUUUCGCAUACCGAUUUUCGUGGAUUGUGAUGCCGUGACGGUACGGGUGCACGAUCUUCCCCCGUCAAUGAGCCACGUCACAAUCGCUGACCAUAUGUUAAAGUAUGGCGAGGUAAUAUCCAUCAGGAAUGAGAAGUGGAAGCACUACUUUCCUGGUAUAGCCAACGGGGUGCGAGUACUGAGAAUGAACCUACUCCGUCACAUUCCCUCGUUCAUUACCAUCGAAACUCACGAAACCAUGGUUUCUUACAUCGAUCAACCGAAAUCAUGUCGCCACUGCGGCCAACCGUCUCAUCCUGGCGGAAAAUGCCCGGACUCGAACGUCGUUUCUUCCCCUCAAAAUGUGAGAACACCAACUUCGACGACGUCAAAGUCAUUCGGCGGGUUAUUCAAUUGUGAUGAUUUCCCACCGAUAAACGAAGAGCAGCAAAUACCAUCAUCCCCCGUUCACGUGAACAAAACAGCACGCAGAGAAACAACAAACCAACAGAAGACUGAUGACGACGACUGGACUGAUGAUGACAAAGCAUCGAGCUCAUCCACCGAACACAAUAGUGCAUCGAACAAGCGACGGCGAUCGAGGCGCAACAAUGCACAGCUUGCAACGAAAAAGGCUUGCUCUGAUCAGUGUUCCCCAAACGCUGAUCAUGCGGUACAAACGUUAUCACCGGAUGAAAAAGAAGAGUCAUCAAAAAAUAAAUUUAUUAACGAUGUAAAUUAUCCUAUACAAAAUAGAAAAUGAAAACCGGCUCUGUUAAGCUAAAUUUGGCGGGUAGCCUUGAAAUAAACGAAAUAGUAAAAAAAAAGCCCAGUUUCGUGUUAAAAAGGAAUCGCUCAAGGAAGUUAUAGAUGAGUGGCAGACAAUAGAAUCGUCAAUGUCGAAGGGCAUAGUAUGUACACGUGCCUAUUGUCGAAAACUUUAAUGCCCAACUAAAU